AUGAACAUGUUUGUGUUUCUUAGAUCUGAAACUCAGCACCGAGGCUCUGCUCCCCACUCGGAAAGUGAUCUACCAGAGCAGGAAGAGGAGAUUCUGGGAUCUGAUGAUGAUGAGCAGGAAGAUCCCAAUGAUUAUUGUAAAGGAGGUUAUCAUCUUGUGAAAAUCGGAGAUCUAUUCAAUGGGAGAUAUCACGUGAUCCGAAAGUUAGGCUGGGGACACUUUUCGACAGUGUGGUUAUCAUGGGAUAUUCAGGGGAAGAAGUUUGUGGCAAUGAAAGUAGUUAAAAGUGCUGAACAUUAUACUGAAACAGCACUAGAUGAAAUCCGGUUGCUGAAAUCAGUUCGUAACUCAGACCCUAAUGAUCCGAAUAGAGAAAUGGUUGUUCAGCUACUAGAUGACUUUAAAAUAUCAGGAGUUAACGGAACACAUAUCUGCAUGGUGUUUGAAGUUUUAGGGCAUCAUCUGCUCAAGUGGAUCAUCAAGUCCAAUUAUCAAGGGCUCCCACUGCCUUGUGUCAAAAAAAUUAUUCAACAAGUGUUACAGGGUCUGGAUUAUUUACACACCAAGUGCCGUAUCAUCCACACUGACAUUAAACCAGAAAACAUCCUGCUGUCAGUGAAUGAGCAGUACAUCCGAAGAUUGGCUGCAGAAGCAACAGAGUGGCAGCGAUCUGGAGCUCCUCCACCCUCUGGAUCUGCGGUCAGUACUGCGCCCCAGCCUAAGCCAGCUGACAAAAUGUCAAAGAAUAAGAAGAAGAAAUUGAAGAAGAAGCAGAAGCGCCAGGCAGAAUUACUAGAGAAGCGAAUGCAGGAAAUUGAGGAAAUGGAGAAAGAGUCGGGCCCUGGGCAAAAAAGACCAAACAAGCAAGAAGAAUCAGAGAGUCCUGUUGAAAGACCCUUGAAAGAGAACCCACCUAAUAAAAUGACCCAAGAAAAACUUGAAGAGUCAAGUACCAUUAACCAGGAUCAGACACAUAUGGAACGUGGUGUAGAGGGUGGUGCAGCAGAGAUUAAUUGCAAUGGAGUAAUUGAAAUCGUUAAUUAUACUGAGAACAAUAAUAAAGAAACAUUGAGGCUUAAAGAGGAUCUACAUAAUGCUAAUGACUGUGAUGUCCAAAAUUUGAAGCAGGAACCUAGUUUCCUAAGCUCCCAAAAUGGAGACAGCAGCACAUCUCAAGAAACAGACUCUUGUACACCUAUAACCUCUGAGGUGUCAGAUACCAUGAUGUGCCAGUCUUCACCAAAUGUAGACCAGUCAUUCAGUGAGCAGGACAUCAGCCAGCUUCAAGAAAGCAUUCGGGCAGAGAUACCCUGUGAAGAUGAGCAAGAACAAGAACAAAAUGGACCAUUGGACAACAAAGGAAAAUCCACUGCUGGAAAUUUUCUUGUUAAUCCCCUUGAGCCAAAAAAUGCAGAAAAGCUCCAGGUGAAAAUUGCCGAUCUUGGAAAUGCCUGCUGGGUGCACAAGCAUUUCACUGAAGAUAUUCAAACAAGGCAGUAUCGCUCGUUGGAAGUUCUGAUAGGAUCUGGCUAUAAUACCCCUGCAGACAUUUGGAGCACGGCAUGCAUGGCGUUUGAACUGGCCACAGGCGACUAUUUGUUUGAACCGCAUUCAGGGGAAGAGUACACUCGGGAUGAAGAUCACAUUGCAUUGAUCAUAGAACUUCUGGGGAAGGUGCCUCGCAAGCUCAUUGUGGCAGGAAAAUAUUCCAAGGAAUUUUUCACCAAAAAAGGUGACCUGAAACACAUCACGAAACUGAAACCCUGGGGCCUUUUUGAGGUUCUAGUGGAGAAGUAUGAGUGGUCUCAGGAAGAGGCAGCUGGCUUCACGGAUUUCUUACUGCCCAUGUUGGAGCUGAUACCCGAGAAGAGAGCCACUGCUGCCGAUUGUCUCCGGCAUCCUUGGCUCAACUCCUAA